AUGAGGAUAAGGGGUUCCGAAGAUUACGUUCUCCAAAAUAAACGUUACAUUUUCCUCUCUCUUGCCAUUCCUAAGUCAAAGCCGUUGCGCCAGUACCGCAUGAAGAAGACUUCAUCUGUAGAAAAUUUUGUUACUCCUACUAUAUACUUUAAUUAUUACUACAUUCGCUUUAGCAAAAAAUCGGUCAAGUGCGAGUCCAGUCAGCACACGAAGGAUUCCGGGUCCUGCGCUUUAACUAUUACCAGUCGUUGUGAAGAAGUGUUCCGUGGGACUUUAAUAGUGAAAGGAAUAGAGAAUGCUCUCAUAUUUGCGCGCAUUCUUAUCCACUAUAACAUCUCCUACGCGAUGGCUAAUCUCAUUAAGAUUGGCCUCCGGUCUGGUCAAAUCGGUCAA